AUGAGCUAUCAAGGCGUCGUUUAUCAAAUCGAUCGUCGCGCAAAUAUCGAACAACCAAGAAAAAAACGUGAAGACAAGAAGAGAAUGCCCGGCGUUGUUGCGAAACGGAACGCUAGAGAGCGGACAAGAGUGCAUACCGUCAAUCAGGCAUUCCUCGUUUUGAAACAACAUCUACCAACUCUACGACAAUUCACCAAACGAGUCAGCAAACUGCGCAUUUUGAAUGCCGCCAUUCAUUACAUCGAUGCGUUGAACGCUUUGCUUCAGUCCAACGAAAUGCAACCCAUUAUUCCAAAGCCGAUCACCUUAACUCCAACUGCGCCGGCUGCUGUCAAAUUACAGCUGCCUCCUUCAUCGAUCGAGGUUCUAGCCAAACCAUCGACAUUUUCGGCCGACACAUCCCUCGUUGACUACAAGUCCGCUUUCGAUGCACCAAUUCCAACCGUGUUCACCACACCGGAUCCAACCUCUCCUCAUUAUAUGAAGAGCCUACUCGCUGACUACCAACCAUACCUCUACCAGCUCCCAACUUCAACUCUUCCGGCUCCUGUUCCAUCAACAUUGCUCACAAGCAAUCAACUUCUUCAAAUGCCCACCUACCAUAAUCUAUGCUAA